GGCGCCGGCGGACAUGGAGCGUCGGCCGCUCGGCUGGCAUGUCGCCUGGACCGCCCUGCUCGCCGCGGUGCUGCUCGGCCCAUCCGGCUGCGACGCCGAGCCCAGCCAGGAGCAUUCUAUAGCGGAGCUCUGCAAGCACCACUUCUUGCAGACGCUGAACCACAUUAUCGAUGGUGCGACGCUCUAUUCGAGGAACGAGCGAAACCUGGACUGCAAGCUGACCUUCCAGACGGAGUCGAUCCUGCAGCGUUUUAUGGUGCGCUUCGACUACCUGCAGCUGGACUGCAACGACCAUCUGUACAUCCACGAUGGCGCUCAUGCCAUCGACGGCAAGUACAAG